UACUCCCACUACCUUGUUAGAUUUUUUUCUUUUUACUUUCGAAAAUAAAAUUAAAUAUAUAGUCCACAAAACUCUCUCUCUCUCUCUAUGUCUCGCUCUGCCCUGCUCUCUCCCCGGGAUGAUCUUAUCGCCGGCCAUCCCUCUCAUUGCCGGCGAAAGUGACGGACGCGCACCUGGGGAAUUUGACUAUGUUUCUGAAUCUUCGCCGUCUCGUCCCCUUUUGAACAUUCUACGUUGCGUUUUCGAUUUUUCGUCGAAAGAGAAAAGUCACGGAAUUGUCAGAUUGAUAUUCGUUGAAGAGCGAAAGGUUCUAAUUAGAGUCCAUUUAGGUCUGCAUCUGAUGUCAUUAAUUUGUGCAUCACAAAGGGUUUAGCUUUUGUGUUAUCCCAAGAACACAUUUUGAUCCCAAUUCUCAACAGUCUUUAGUUGAGUGUGUUUGUUUUAUGGUAGCUUAGGUUUUUAUUAGAAUGGAGGCAAAACCAAAGAAAGAGUGCUGCAAUCCUGUCAGCAAACCAGGGCCAGUCUCUAUGGAUCAUGUCCUGUUGGCCUUGCGAGAGACCAAGGAAGAGAGGGACGUCAGAAUCCGUGGUCUCUUUAAUUUCUUUGACACAGCAAAUGCCGGGUAUUUGGACUAUGCCCAGAUUGAGACUGGCCUCUCUGCACUCCAAAUACCCUCCCAGUACAAGUAUGCCAAGGAUUUGUUGAAUGUCUGUGAUGCCAAUAAAGAUGGCCGUGUUGAUUACCAAGAGUUUAAGCGCUACAUGGACGAUAAGGAGCUCGAGCUUUACUGCAUUUUUCAAGCCAUAGAUGUUGAACAUAAUGGCUGCAUUACACCGGAAGAGCUCUUGGAUGCACUUCUUAGGGCAGGGAUUGAAAUUGAUGAUGAGGAACUUGCUCUUUUUGUUGAGCGUGUUGAUAAGGAUAACAAUGGGGUAAUUACAUUUGAAGAAUGGAGGGAUUUUCUUCUACUAUACCCUCAUGAGGCCACUAUUGAGAACAUUUAUCAUUAUUUAGAGAGGGUAUGCCUUGUUGAUAUUGGCGAACAGACUGUAAUCCCAGAGGGCAUCAGUAAGCAUAUCCAUGCAAGUAGAUAUCUGAUUGCAGGUGCAGUAGCAGGAGCGACAUCCCGUACAGUUACUGCCCCCCUUGAUCGUCUAAAGGUUGUUUUGCAAGUACAAACAACACGAGCUCGCAUCAUGCCAGCAGUAAGGGAAAUAUGGAAAGAAGGUGGCUUCUUGGGAUUUUUCCGUGGCAAUGGAUUAAAUGUUAUGAAGGUGGCCCCUGAAAGUGCCAUAAGGUUCUACACUUAUGAAAGGCUGAAAGGUUUUAUUGUACAUGUUAAAGGGGAUGAAAGUAAAGCUGAUGUUGGCAUUAUUGGUCGCCUGUUUGCCGGUGGUACUGCUGGUGCUGUGGCACAGACUGCUAUUUAUCCAAUGGAUCUUGUGAAAACUCGAAUACAAACUUAUUCUUGUGAAGGGGGAAGAGUUCCUAGUCUUGGAACUCUAUCAAGGGAUAUAUGGGUUCAUGAGGGACCCCGGGCGUUCUAUAGAGGCCUUGUUCCAUCUCUUCUUGGGAUUAUUCCUUAUGCUGGCAUUGAUCUUGCUGCAUAUGAAUCCUUGAAAGAUAUGUCAAAGAAGUAUAUUCUUCAUGAUGGCGAACCUGGUCCUCUUGUGCAAUUGGGAUGUGGGACAGUAUCAGGAGCUCUUGGAGCAACAUGUGUUUAUCCGUUGCAGGUUGUCAGGACAAGAAUGCAAGCACAGCGCCAUAAUGCAGAUGCUGCUUAUAAGGGGAUGGCUGAUGUAUUUAAGAGAACCUUUCAACGUGAAGGGCUUAGGGGUUUCUACAAAGGAAUAUUCCCUAAUAUGCUAAAAGUUGUUCCGUCUGCAAGUAUUACUUACCUAGUUUAUGAGAGUAUGAAAAAGAGACUGAAUCUGGAAUAAAGAAUUAUGCAGCUUCUUUCAAUUACUGUGAUUGACAUGGCUGACCUUAGAGUUGACAAAUGUUGAGUAUGGUUCUGUGUUGAAGAUGAUGAUGACGAGAAUAAAGUCCAUUUAGUAGAUUCAAACAGUUGUUGCAGUCGUAACACAAAUAAUGUUGCUAGCAUCAGAUAUCUUGAAGGGUGAUAUUUGCUUGUCACUGGGGCGAACUUUUAUCAAGCUUGGUAUGCAUUAGCACAUAUUGUUGUACUAUACAGAAACAUACAGGAUAGGUUCACCAAGAAAACGAUUUUGUAAUUCUUUUUAGUGGCUCAAUUCAAUCAAAAUUUGUGUCUCAGCGAGAUAUGAUGGCUCUUUUGUUUGGCCGACUUCAUCUAACCAAGGAUUCCUGCAGCAUGCUCCUAUACUAUUCUCUUUCACCACUGAGUUCCUAGGUAUUGUUUCUUUUUCCAGGAUAUAUGUAAUUUUGGUUAUGGAUUACAACAGGUUCACCUAGAAGUACUGUAAUUUCGCCAUGGAAAAAGUAUUGAAUGCUUAUUUUUGGGUUGAAUAUUUCAUUACAUUGUUUAUCAUGUCUUCGAUUGGUAGCAAAAUUAUUUCCCAGCUGAAGAUUAUAAAUUUUUAGUGUUCGAUCGA